AUGCGACCUAUCAAUUUGUUUACUCUUCUAUCCUCCACAACCGGCGCUUUGGCCGCAACGUUUACGUCAUGUUCCGAGUCGCAGAUAGCUACCCUUGAGGUGGCAAUUGGGCGAGCUACUACUAAGGCAUAUGCAGCCAUAGAUCAUCUGGAAGCCAACCCCAACGGCAGUGACUUGCAAACCACUUGGUAUGGAGAGUUCAAUUCGGCAAGAUACACCAAAAUAUUAACUGCAUUCAAAAAAUUCGCACCCGAUCUCGCGACAACGUUUACCUACGAUUGUUCCUGUCAGAGCAGUGUCAUACUUGCUUAUGUUGGUAACACGUAUGGUGAUGUCAAGAUUUGCAGUGUAUAUUUUACGGGAUGGCCCGCAACUGGCCAUCGUUCGCAGUGGGAUACACUCAUUCAUGAAGCCACACACCUGCGCGAUGUGCUUGGCACGAGCGACCAUGGAUAUGGUGUUGACCUUUGCAAACAGUUUGCCCUGGAGGACCCUGAAAAAGCUGUCGAUAAUGCUGAUAAUCAUGCUCGAUUUGCUGUCGAGGUGGAACCUUUUGGGCCGUAA